UGGUAACCAAAACUAUUUUUUUAUUCAAGAUUUGUAAUUCAGUAAAGACGAAAAUUCAACUAAAAGUGUUCAUUUUUACGAGUUAUAACUGAAAUGUGCGAACAGUAUGUUUAAAAAUGAAUUCCAAGGCGGCCCGACCGUCGACGUGUUUUGCGCUAGCGGCAAAGACCCGCUUAAUAAAUAUAAAAACCCGGCCGUUAAACGAGAUUAUGUUAAAGAAGUGAAAGGCUUCGUUUACGCUGUGGAAGGGACGACGACGACUGCCAGGUUAAAGUUCCCACUCGCCGGUCAAAAGCAAACUUCGCUCGGGCUAACGCAAAGAUAUCUCAUUUCUCAAGUUUGGGUCCCACCAUCCAAGGACUUUGGCGUCGAACUAACAAUGACCGAUUGUGGAAACAACAAACGUCGCUUUGUGAUGUCAUCAUCGGUUAAAGACGUUUCCAUGACGCCACUCCACGCGAAACUCCCACUCUCGAUGAUUAAACGCGAAACUUGGAUGAAUUUGUGCCUCGACCUCGAAUCAAUCGUCUCAGAUAUUUUCCCAAACCAAACUUUUAAAUCACUCGAAGAAUUUACUUUACAAGGUAACUACAAACUACGUCGAGUGUUUACAAUGAAACAGCGUCCACACGAAAAUAUUGACAUUAUCGACAACAAUGAUUAUAAAUUCACCCCAACCGAAAGUAUUCCAACUGCUUUCCAGUUUGCAAGCACUCUGGAAUAUAUAACAAUGGUAAUUUCCGUCCCAAGGAUCAAAUCCCACCUCACCCUGAUGCGAGGUGAUGGAAGGGAAACGUCGGGGUAUUGGUCGUCGUCAAGUGAGGAUGUGGCUGCAAGUAAACGAUCCAUGCGCGAACAACCAACACAUAUUGCGUUUGGGACCAAGGUUCGGUUCGAUCCCUCCAACAAAAAGACACGAGGCCCGUUAUCGGCACGUCGCGACCGAACAAGUGGUUCAACUUCAACUGACUACUCACGACAAAACUCUGCGCGAAAAAUCCGUUCAAGUAACGCGAGGCUUACCAACAGAACGAAGAAGAAACCUGAAGUGGAACAACCGGUGCAAGAAACACCUCAGGUUCUUACACAGAGAGAAACAAAGAAAAAGAUCCAAACUAUCUCGAAAAUCCCGAAACCUAAAUAUUCGGAUGAUCAUCUUAAAGGAUUGUCCUCCUCCUUUGUGAACCUCGUGGAUGCGGUGGAUCUUUCAAAGAUCGAGUUCCACUCCGAGGAAGAGGAGGAGGAGGAUCAUGGUGUCUUCAUGUUCUCCUCCCAUCCACGGUCAAUUCCUCGCAUCCGGACUGAAUCCGGCUCCACAACAUCCAGGGAUCACGAGGAGGACUUCGUAAGGUCUUCCUCCGAUUCGGACGAGGAGCAAAACCUCCAGAGGAAGAUCAUCCUAAACUCCCCAAGCCCCAGAAACUCAGCUCGCUUUAUAAAAAGUCCGGUGUCGUCCGCAAGGUCGUCAGCAGGCUCCACGAGAAGCCCAACAUCCGCUCGAUCGACUGUGAGUCCAAUCACGAAGUUAUCACGCGACUUCACGCACCGAUCUUUACACUCGAUCUCGCAACCUCAGUCUUCCAUGUCACCUGACAUUCCCCACCUCUCCUCACCCCCGCAUCACUACAGCAGCGCUAAAUACUCGGAUGUUCCCACCGACUCCAGGAAACCUCCAAUAGAUCGGAGCAAAACGUCUCUCCGUUGUUCGGACGCCACACUCACAGCAUCCGUGGACACCCUUGUUCAGAACUCGAUGGUUGAACCAUACGAGCCACUAGAGGACUCCAUCGAGCAGAGCGCAUCGCACGAGUCACCGAAGUUAAAUUUAUCCCAGCAAUUCAACGCGAGCCAAGAAAGUGUUGUCGUCAGUCGUAAAAGCAUCAGGGAAAUUCCCUUAACUGAACAUGAGAGACUUCCUAAGUUGCCGGAGUCGAGUAAUUUCCAGAUGAGCAAUUGGAGCGACUCCUUUGAAGCGGAAAUGCUCCGAGAGAUGAAAAGAGAAAAUGAGGAGGAAGGAGAAAAAGAGGAGCAGGAGUGGACCAAUCAGAAGUCCCGGGUUAAUUUCCAGGAUUUUGAUGAUAGUUUUGACACAAGUUGGAGUACGUACAAGAAUCCUCCCCCACUUCAACCACAGGCUUACGAUGAUGAGAUGAAAAAGAAUAAUCCAUCGUUUCAAAACAACACCCUCAACGACCUCACCCUCGGACAAUCUAACCCCAGGGAUUGGGCAAACCUUAUGAGCCCCCCAAACAUUCUGCCUUCUGUUCGUUCUAAACAGAGAAGGGAAACGUUAUCCGACGGGGAAUCCAUCGGCACGGACCCCGAUAUCAUGGGGUUGUCGGACGGAAGUUCUAACAGUUACAGAAGUUCCAACACUGUCGACACGGACGAAGAAAUGUUGGACCUGUUGUACGACCCGUGCCUUAAUUGUUACUUUGACCCAAAAUCGGGGAAGUAUUACGAACUAAAGAAUUGAUUUUUUCGAAAAUCUGAUUUUAUUAAGUAAAAAUGAACAAUUGGUUUUAUUGGAUUCAUCUUUUAGUUGCCAUGCAGUCGUGGCAAAACCUGUUUAAAUAUUUUCGUGUGUUCAUCCUAAAACAGUUUUUUUCUCUGAUAAAAUGCGAACUAAUUUGAUAAUGAAACUAAAUUAGUAAUUUUAAAAGAAAAAAGAUAUUUUGCUCAACUCUCUGCAUUUUACAAAAUUCAAGUUUUCUUAAAUAUCGCCUUCAAGUUUAUAUUUUGUUCCAAAAACUCGUUGUUUUUACAAAAAUUUCACCUCUAAAACAACCCAAUUAAACUCUGUUAUAUAAAAUUUAUUAAGUUCCUUUUAUACAAAGUAUAUUGUUUGUUUGUUUGUGUAGUAAAUAAUGGCAAUUGUUUUGUGAUUUUAUAAGGACAGAGUUCUACACUGUUUGUAUCCCGAAGUAAAAUAUUUUUUAAACUUU